AUGGACUCAAUUGUCGCUCAAAUCAAAGCCUUGGCCGAUACCGCCGAUGAGGCUGGUCGUCUGGAGAUCAUCGAGACUCUCCGGCAGAUGAAAGUUGACCUUCAAACUCCCAAGGAUGCCUUGAUGGAGCUUGCUGGUCUAGGUGGUAUAACCAAUGCGAUGCUGCGCGUUGGCCAAGAUCUGGGAAUCUUCAGUCUUCUAUCCAAAAUUGAAGCUCCUAUGUCCGUGGCACAAGUCGCGGAAAGGACAAGCGCAACUCCUGAGCUGUUGGAGAGGGUUCUACGCCACCUAGCUGCAACCAACAUCAUCAAAGAAACAGGACCAAAUGAGUAUACCGCAAGUGAAGUGACCAAAAUGCUGGGGAGUCCUUCCGGUGAAGCUCUCGUCCAUCAGGCAUUCAACCUCUACCUGCCUCUAAUCCAAGCAAUGCCCGACUUCUUCGCAGAAAAUAACUACAGAGAUGUAACCGACAACCUUCACACGCCAUUCCAAAAAGCCUUCGACACCAAGCUGACGUCGUUCGACUGGCUCUUCCAACAUCCAAAGUACAUAGAAGCAUUGCACAAAACCAUGAGCGCAUUACAAGGAACCGAGUGGACAGAAGGUUUCACCCUUCUAAACACUGAAGCCCAAAAGAUCCCCUCGACGCCACCAACCCCCGAAGAAAAGCCUUUCCUCGUCGACGUCGGCGGCAGCCACGGCCACCAAUGCAUUGAACUAGCAAGGAAAUACCCCAAUCUCUUCGGUCGUCUCAUCAUGCAAGACCUCCCCAUGACAGUCGACAAGCUCGCUCCGAUAGAAGGUGUCAAAGUCGAAGCUUACGACUUCUUCCAAAAACAGCCCAUCGAAGGCGCCAAAUGUUACUAUUUCCGCCGAAUCAUGCACGACUGGCCGGAUGAGAAGGCAGCACAGAUCCUACGAAACACAGCUACAGCUAUGGGAGCUGACUCGCGCAUUCUGAUUGAUGAUGUCGUUAUGCCUGAAACUGGCGCUAACUGGCAGGCUACUAUGGCGGACCUUUCCAUGAUGAUUUUGGCUGGGAGGGAGCGGACUCAGCGUCAGUAUGAGAAGCUUGCGAAGUGUGCAGGGCUGCGUGUUGAGGGUGUUCAUUCUUAUGCUGCUUCGACUUAUACUGCCAUUGUUGUUUUGGUUCGGGAGUGA